UGUUCAUCAUUUGUUUAACUGCGUUUGCUUGUUGUUGACAUUAUAAUUUAUUGCGUGCGUCGUUGAUAUAACUUUUAUUAUUGUGUUUACGAAACGAACGCUUGAAGGCCGUUGGCAAACCGUUGAGCUGAGCUGCCAAACUGAUGCUACCGAUGGAUGAGGAGAACGCGGUUCCAGGGGAGGGGGAGGAGGGUAGCGCAGCGCUACAUGCUCGCCUAGUAGCGCUCGUGCGCGCCGCCGGCGGCGAGCCAGAAGGUCGUGUGGGGGUAUGGAUGGAGCACUCGUAUGCGCGCGCCAAGAGCGGCGCCGCCGUGCGUGAGAUGCUCGCGCGGCCCGCGCCCGCCGACCAGCCGCUCGACGUCGGCGGGCCCGGGGACUGCGACCCCGUCCCUGACACACAGGAACCCGAAGACAUUGACCCUGAGUGGGAAGCGCGUGUGCUGGCAUUAGCGCCGAGCGCGAUGCACGCCCGCGCCGCGCGCGCCGCGCUAGAGGCGCUCCGAGCCUUCCGCCUCGCGCGCCUCGCCUCGGCCGGCCACGCCGACGCCAGUAUAAAGAGGGACCAGGCGCGAACCGCUUCAAGAGCUGUGCGGCGCGCAUUGGCGCCGUUAUGGGCGGCUCCCAACGGUAUGCUGUGUACUAUUGUCUUUUGCUUCACUUCAGCCGGCCACGCCGACGCCAGUAUAAAGAGGGACCAGGCGCGAACCGCUUCAAGAGCUGUGCGGCGCGCAUUGGCGCCGUUAUGGGCGGCUCCCAACGGUAUGCUGUGUACUAUUGUCUUUUGCUUCACUUCAGCCGGCCACGCCGACGCCAGUAUAAAGAGGGACCAGGCGCGAACCGCUUCAAGAGCUGUGCGGCGCGCUUUGGCGCCGUUAUGGGCGGCUCCCAACGGUAUGCUGUGUACUAUUGUCUUUUGCUUCACUUUAGCCGGCCACGCCGACGCCAGUAUAAAGAGGGACCAGGCGCGAACCGCUUCAAGAGCUGUGCGGCGCGCUUUGGCGCCGUUAUGGGCGGCUCCCAACGGUAUGCUGUGUACUAUUGUCUUUUGCUUCACUUCAGCCGGCCACGCCGACGCCAGUGUAAAGAGAGACCAGGCGCGAACCGCUUCAAGAGCUGUGCGGCGCGCAUUGGCGCCGUUAUGGGCGGCUCCCAACGGUGGCAGCGGCGUAGCGCCAUGGCUGCACGGCGCCAUCCUGGCGCACGGCAGCCACUGGGCGGCGGCGCUGUGGCGCGAGCUGGCGGGCGAGUGGCGGCGCGCCGUGCCGCGGCUGGCCGCGCGCCUGCUGCCGCCGCCCGCCGCGCCGCCGCGAGACCCGCUGGCGCGCGCGGGCCCGCCGGUCGACGCCGACAAGCCAGGCCCCUGGCUAGUGUGGAUCUGCGCGCGCGGCGAGGACCGCUGGACGCGGCGGCUGCGCGCGCUGCUGCACGUGCGCGUGGUGUGCGGGGACGCGACCGGGACCGGGCCCAGCGCCGGCCCGGGCCCCAGCACCGGGCCCGAGGCCUGGUGCUCCGCGCUCAUGGGCGCCGCUAGGGCCGCGCUGCUCGACGUGCUCGCUGAAGCCGGGUGA